CGUGGGACGACCGCGAACUUUUAAAAUAAAAAUAUUAAAUAUAUAAGAUAAUGAAAAUAUGAUAUAUUAUUCAUGGACUCUGAUAAAAGCUCUCGCUUCUCAUGGGGAAAUGAAGUUUUAUCGGGGAAACCUCACUCAAACUCGAGAUGUCGUCGAUCGAGUAAAUCAAAAACAAAAUACACAUCUUGUUAUAUUGGCCAACAGGUAAUAUGUAUUGGAGAUGAUGUAAUUGUUGAAACUGAAAAUGAUGAUGAAGCUGUAGGUCUUCUCAUUGAUUUAUAUAAUGAUUCACACGAGAAUGAACAAUGUAGAGCUGUUGUACAUUGGUAUUUUAAAAAACAUGAACUUCCAUCACAACUAUCUGAGAAAGUUAAAAAUUCAUCACAUGAGAAUGAGCUGUUUUGGUUGGAAAAUGGCAACAGAAACAUAUCGAAAAUAAUUGAAAAUAUUGAUGCUGAAACAAUAAGAGAAAGAUGUUUUGUGAGAAUCUUGUCAACUCCCAACACAUCUGUAUCGAACUUUGGUGGAAAGUAUUUUAUAAAGUUUGGAUUCUCCCUUGACAAGAUGAUCAUUUCAAGUAGAAAUUUGAUUGAUCAUGUUGAGUCAACUAAAAAAUCUGUGUUGAGAAUUUUAAAUGAGGAAACAAGAACAGAAUAUGAAUGGCAUGAAGUAGAAAAAAAUUGUCCUUCACAGACGUCAAGUAGAAAACGUAAAGCAAGUAAAAGUUCACAGGACGAAACAGAAGUUAAAAGCAAAUACAAAAAAAGUUUAUCCAACUCAAAACAUCAGGCCAAUUUUGACACAUUGGAAGUUGUUUUGUUGUUGUCUGACUCUAAAGAACAUGCAGGAAAUUCAGAAAGAAAGUCCUUUACUAAGAAAACAGAAUCGAACAAAAGCAUCCCUUUAAAAGGACUAUGCAGUACAAAAGCAGCAACUGUGUCAAGAAAAGAAACAAAGACCUCCAUUAAUAAAAAAGGUAUUGGUACUAGAAAAAGUAUCAUACAUGGUAACGAUGAUCUUUAUACUCGAACUAAAAAUAUAAGAAAUGAAAAACAAGUAGAAUCAAGUGGAAGUGAAUAUGUAGAGUCUGAAAACGAAGCAGAAUCAAGUGGAAGCAAAUGUACAACAUUUACUAAAAGACCAGGCGUCGAAAGAGAGACAGAUGUGUCAAAGGAAAAAACUAAGACUUCCAUUAAAGAUACGAAAAAUAUUGCCACAAGAAAAGGGAACAGAAAAAGGGACAAUGAAGAUAAAACUCGAAGAAAUCGCUCGAAAAAUUCAAGAAACGAAAAAAAAUCAGAAUCAAGUGUAGGCAAAAUAGUAGCAUCUGAAAACGACCUGGAAUCAAGUGGAAGUAAUUUUACAACGUUAAAUAAAGGACUAAGCGAUAAAAGAGAGACAUACGUGUCAAAGAAAAAAACUAAGACCUCCAGUAAAGAUAACAAAAAUGUUGCCACUAGAAAAGGAAACAAGAGAAAUAGUAAGAGUGAAAAUAAAAAUCGAAGAACUCCUUCAACUCCAAGAACUUCUUCAACUCCAAGAACUUCUUCAACUCAAAGAACUCGUUCAACUCGUUCUUCUAAAAAUGUAAGAGAUGAAGAAGAAACAGGAUCAAGUGGAAGUGAAUUUAUAAUAUCUGAAAAUGAAGUAGAAUCAAGUGGAAGUGAGGCUUUACCAUCAGAAGAGUCUGAUGAUGAAAUCGUUCAUGUGCAAAGCGUGCGAAGAAAAUCGUCAAGAACUCCAGUUCGCUUGACGGAAGCAAAACCAAAAUUAGCACUCUCUACACCUAGACGAGGCGUAAAAACUUCAUGUAAGACACCAUCAUCGAAAAGCAAAGAUCGAUUAUCAGUUGCGACUCCACGUAUUCCUAUGAGAGAUAAAAGUUGUAAAACACCAAAAACACCUUUGCAAAAAGCAAGAGCAAGUUUACAUGUCUCAGCUGUGCCAAAAUCUUUGCCGUGUCGAGAACAACAAUUUGAUGAUAUUUUGUCUUUUUUGGAAGGAAAGUUGGACGACAAAACUGGAGGUUGUAUGUAUAUUUCCGGAGUACCAGGUACAGGAAAAACUGCAACAGUUCAUGAAGUUAUUCGUUAUUUGGAGAAAAUGAGGGAAAAUGGUGAAGUGAAUUAUUUCAAGUUUCUUGAAAUCAAUGGAAUGAAAGUUACACAACCAAAUCAAGUAUAUGUCAUCUUUCAUAAGUUUCUAACGGAAGAAAAAGUGACGGCCGAUCAUGCUAUGGCAUUACUGGAAAAAUAUUUCAAUAAUUCUACGACGCGUAAAAAUCAUGUGAUUCUCUUGGUUGAUGAGCUUGAUCAGCUAUGGACACGAAAACAAGACGUUAUGUAUCAUUUGUUUGAUUGGCCUGCGCGAAGAAAUUCAAAACUCAUCGUCAUCGCGAUUGCUAACACGAUGGAUCUACCAGAGAGAAUGAUGGUUAAUCGUGUGUCCAGUAGACUAGGCUUGACAAGAAUGACUUUUCAACCGUACUCGUUUUCACAACUCCAAGAGAUUGUCAUGUCUAGAAUCAAAGAAAAUGACGCAUUUGAACCAGAUGCCGUUCAACUUGUCGCCAGAAAAGUGGCUGCGUUAUCUGGAGACGCUAGAAGAUGCUUGGAUAUUUGUCGUCGUGCAGUUGAAAUCAGUGAAGUAGAAACACAAAACAAUAGAAAACAACAAUUGGUAGGACUCUCUCAUGUCGAGAAAGCACUCAACGAGAUGUUUUCAUCUCCUAAAAUUGUCGCAAUGAGAAAUUUAUCAAAAAUGGAAGGUUACAUGUUGAAGUCAGUAUUGGCAGAAUUCAAAAGAAAUGGCUUAGAAGAAGCUUUAUUUUCGGGUGUUUACUCACAAUUGGUCGAGUUAUGUCGCCUUCAUGGAAUAUCUGCACCAGUCACCUCUAUGGCUUCCACAAUCUGUCAACGUUUAAAUGCAAUGAAACUUUUACUGGUGGAUUCUGGGAGAUGUGACAUAAAACAAAGAAUCAGAUUAAAUGUUAACAAAGAAGAUAUUCUGUUUGCAUUAAAGACCGCAAAAACCGAAUAACACAAAUAGAAUUCAUAAAAAAUCCAAUAUAGGUAAACGAAUUGAAUGCCAUUCAAAUGGAGAAAACAAGAAUCAUAACAUCAUACCAGUUUGAGCUUUUGCACAAUCUAUUAAUUUUGUAUUUAUAUCGAGCAAUUUAUCUACCUUCGACGAAAUUCUGCAUGUUUAAACAUUUAGAGUAAAUAAUGAUUAUACGCCAUGAAGAAAAUAAAUGUAAAUAUUGCCAUUUCUUGUGGUACUACACUGUA